CGACUCUAUCUUAUGCAGGCUUUUCGGUGUCACGUGAUUUUAUAGUCAACAUGGCUUCCUCCAGGAAGUAUUUUCGAACGUAUACAGUAGCUGUGCCGUUAGGAUUUUGUUUUAUUUUCUGUUGUAUCGUAGACAGCGUUGACCCUGGAGUGAGUAGAUGUGAAGAGCUACGAUUGGGACAAUAUAUUUGUGAAGACCCCAAAAUAGAUAAUGCAACACAAGAACCAGUCAACUGUACAAAUAAGACAGCAGUUGUGUCCUGCCUGCCUGCCCCAAACAUUACAUGUAAGGAUCAAAAUGGCACUGUAAGCCGUUUCACAGGAAAGGAGGUUGGAUUUUACAAAAACAUUUCCUGCCGUAAUGUAACUGGAUAUUCUUAUAAAGUAGCAGUGGCACUGUCUUUAUUUCUUGGAUGGCUUGGAGCUGACAGAUUUUAUCUUGGAUACCCAGCUUUGGGUUUACUAAAGUUUUGCACGGUUGGCUUUUGUGGGAUUGGAUGGUUGAUUGACUUCAUUUUCAUCUCCGUGCAAAUUGUUGGACCUUCUGAUGGCUCUAGUUAUAUAAUAGACUAUUAUGGAGCGAGGCUUACAAGACUCUCCAUUACCAAUGAAACAUUUAGAAAAACCCAGAUGUAGUUUUGAAGACCAGAGAUGCAGAAACUAUAAAUUUCUUCUACAAAAUGUUUUGGAAGAAUGAUCUUAGUCCAUGGAGAAAUGCUGCUGUUUUCACUGAUGGUUAAGUAUUCAGAAGAGGUGUGCCAAGGACACAGGAAUGAAUACAAAUGACAUUAAUGUUUACUUCAUUAAUGAAUAAAAUUGUAUCAGUGCUUUGUAUUGAUAUGGUCUUUUUCCUAGACUUGGAGCGUUGAUCUUCACUGGGGAAAAAACAUGUUUAUCCCCAAAUUGUAAAGGAGGCUUUCCUUCAGUAAAGUAUUUUGCCUUGUCUUCAGUCAUGUGUGUGUCCAUAAACAGGCUGUGAUAAUUUAUCACAGAAUUUUAUAACAUACCCUUAUUUUCUCUGUUUAUUUUGGAGUUCUUUUAUCAGAAAAGUGUAUGUGUGGGGAGGGGGGGGGGGUGUUAAAGAAAAAGUUAAAGCUAAGAAACAGGUUUUCAAAACGUGAGCACUGUGAAGUUUUUGCUUUCCAUUGCAGCAAGGGAUCUGCUGUUUUCAAUGAGCGUUUUUGAGCUGAGUCCAGUAGAAAAUAUUACAUUUUCAUUGUUAUUAUUUUAAUGCAAUUGUUAAAAUGUGUGAACCCACUGUGGACAUGUCUCUUUUCAAGGGUGACCCAGGGACAUGGACAUGUCUCUUUUCAAGGGUGACCCAGGAACACGGUCGGGUUAAAUGACUUUCUUAAAAUCAGACUGUAGACAAAUGUAGGUGGAAAGAGUUAGAGUUAAAUCCUGUAACCUUGGGUAAAGAAGCAGCUCAUUAACAGUACAGGGCCUUAAUACCGUGUGCAAACUGCCAUACAUUUCCCUAUUUUGAUCUUCUACUGUCUCACCUUCAUUAUCACUUCUCUCCACAUUUGACCUUCCCAUUGUUUCUGCUACCCAUACUCAGGGCUGUGGAAAUGCAGGUGACUGGUGGCUGGAUGUCAUGUUACAGCCACUGGAUAUUUUUCAUUGCAGGCUUCUCUCCUGCUGGUGGUUACUGAAUAAGUUUAUGUGCAACAAUAUCUCCUUCAAGGAA